AUGGCGUUGGCCUCCGAGAAUCGAGAACAGGUCACGGCAAUUUUUGGUGACGCGCUGCCGAUCACGUGCGAGGCAUAUAUAGACGCGUUUCGUGACUUUGUUGAGCAUCUUUCCACCUUGAACUGCAACCACCACCAUCCACCCAAGCCUCCCACCUCUUUCACAACUAAUCUAUCGACAUGCGGCAAAGGAAAAUCCGGAAAAUCUUCUGCUGGUGGCAAAAUUAGCGGCGGUGGUGAUGGAAAAUCUCAGUCGCGCUCCGCCAAGGCCGGUCUUCAAUUCCCCGUCGGUCGUGUCCACCGUCUGUUGAAGAAGGGUAACUACGCCCAGCGUGUCGGUGCUGGUGCCCCAGUCUACUUGGCUGCGGUCCUCGAAUAUCUCGCUGCCGAGAUUCUCGAACUUGCGGGUAAUGCUGCUCGUGAUAACAAGAAACAACGUAUUGUCCCACGUCAUCUUCAGCUCGCCAUCCGCAACGACGAAGAGUUGAACAGACUGCUUGGGAACGUUGUCAUCUCUCAAGGAGGUGUUGUGCCUCACAUUGCCGCUGAACUGCUCCCCAGCAAAUCCAGCAAAUCCAAGAAGGACGCCGAAGAGGCAUAA